CUUUGACGGAAAGCCAAACCAAACAAACCACACAACAAACCACACAGACAGAGCAGCAGCUGACAAGGUUUCGUCGUUGUUGUCGUCGUUGUUGUUGUUGUUGUUGUCGUCGUCGUCGUCGUCGUCGUCGUUGUCGUUGCUUGGACCCGCCACAUCUGCCGUGCCACCGCAAUGAGUUGGUGGCGAAAGAAGCUCAACGAGCUCUCUGGCACGCGAGCUGAGGAUGAAGAUGAUCCUGGUCGACAGCGGGCAUUGAGCGACAAGCAGACGUUCCAGUGCACAAUGUGCCAAGGGCAAUACUUUGACAGCAUUGAAGACCUGCAGAAUCACUACCUUGUCGCCCAUGCUUCUGACGAAGAAGCAGAGGCCGCCCGCUCUCGCGCAGGCACAGCAUCGUCCGCCACAUCACGCGGAACACCUGCAACCGUCAAGAGGGGUGUGCAAGACCAUGGCAGGUUGUCAGAUACGCCGCUCAUUGACCUUGACUCAGCCUCGUCCUGCGCUGUCCCCACCCCAGCUGGUGGAGAUGUGAGUGCAGAGCUGCUUGAAGCGCGCACGAAACUGCAAGAGGAGACGUAUCACAACCGCGAACUGCAGAAGGAACUCACGCGCGUGCAGACAGAGCUUGAACGGCUGCAGCGCACAACAGCACAAGCACAGAGCGACACAAAGGAGUUGCGGUAUCUGCGGCGAGAAAACCUGCAGCUCAAAUCGCAAAUCGAGACGGCCGCGAAGAAGCAGAAGCAGACGGCCGGCGGCAGUGCUGUGGAUACUGAUGAGUUGUACGAACAACUGCAUGUCAUGGAGCAACAGCUGACAGCGCGCACGGCUGAGUUGCAGUUUAUUGCGGACGAACGCGAUGCGGCAAGGAAGGAGUUGGAGGAUAGCCGAGCACGUGUGGACGAGCUAUUGCGCAAUCAGCAGGAACUCGAGUCCAGCAUCCAGCAGCUGCAGGCGCAGGCGGCAGACACAGAGGCUUUGACGCAAGAACUGGAUGCACGCACGCAAGAAACAGCAGAGCUGCAGUCGAAACUGAAGGAGUUGGAGAUCACCCGUGAGGAUCACCGUGGCGGUGGCGACGGCGAUGGAAUGGACGUUAACGAUGGUGGUCAAGAUGGUGAUGGUGAUGGUGGUGGUGUUGGUGAUGACGGGGUGCCUAGACUGAAGGAGACGGUUGCGUCACUUGAGGCAGCGCUGAAGGCGAAGGAGGAAGAGUGCAGUGCUCUCCUGGAACAGCAGCAAGCAGAGAAGCAGCAGCAGCAGAAGAGGAAGACGAGGGCAGAGGAGAAAGGGAGGAAAGCCGCAGCGACAGCAGAGAUGGAAGCACUGAGGAAGGAGAUGGAAGCACUGCAUGGGGAAGUGGCGCAGAUGCAGAUGAGUCUAAAUGCGGCGGUGGCGGCGAACAAAGACCUGCAGUCCCGCGUGCACGCGUACGAACAGCAGCAGCAAAGCGCUCAUCAAGCUGACAAGAACCAGGGGAAGGAGAAGACGGAGAGCGAUGACACUGGCGAUGAUGGCGUCGAAGGCAGCGCUGCUCAGUACGAGGACGAGUGUGAGGGUGAGACAGCAUCCCAACAGGUGCGCGAUGUUGAUGGUGAUCACCAUCACGACACAGCUGCAGCCGUGGAUACGAUGAAGAGCGAAUGGGCGGCGGAGCGGAAGGCCCUGUGUGACGCAAUCGAAGCGCUGCAGCAGCAGGUGGCGGCUGCAAACGAGAAGGAGGAGGCACUGGUGGCAGACACGAGGGCGAAGCUCGAAGAGCAGCAGCAGGCCGCUGCACAGAGGAAGGCGGAGGAGGAGAACACGAGGCAGCGCGAGCACGAACAAGAGGUCCAGCGCAUGCAGCAGCAAGUGGAGAGUACGGAACAGGCGCGGCAGGCGUUGGAGGAAGAGCUUGCAAGCACCAAAGAACAGUGCCUGCAAGCAACGAAGAAGACGGAGCAGCUGCAGGCCGAACUAGAAACGGCAGCGCGUGCACGUGACAUGGCUGGCGCGGAACUAAACGCGAUCAAGGAGGAGCAGAAGCUGCAGACGUCAUCAACGGAAGCGCAGGCGCAGCAGCAGAGCGAGGAGCGGAAGGAGCGAGAACGAGCACUCCUCCUUUCAAGGCAGGAACAAAAGGACAGGCUAAAAGCCGCCCUGAGUCGCGCAGAACAGGCCGAAAGCGAAUUGGAGGCGAGCAAAACGCAAAUGGCAUCGUACGCCGCACGCGUCAACGAACUGCACACGCAGCUGCAAUCCGCCAAGGAUGCAACCAAGGCAGAGCGGGAGGAGAAGCAGACUGCCGCCCAGGCGUUGGCAGAUGCGCACGCGUCGCUGCGCACUGCCGAGACGACGAUUGCAGCGAAAGAGCGCGAGCUUGUAGACCUGAGGUCGAGUGACGAGCAGCGCAAACGCCUUCAACAGCAGCUGGAUGCCCUCAACAAGGAGAAAGAGACCUUGGAGUCCACCGUUGCUGCUGCCAACGCCAACAUCGCUUCGCUCAACGCCACCAUCGAAUCAGGCGAACAGCAGCGUGCAGAGCUGCUGGGCCAGUUGUCCGAAUACAAAGCGCAGGUGGAAGCAGCGUCCGCAGAAGUUGACUCUGUGCGGUCCGCUCUCGAAACACGUUUGGCCAACGUUGACAAGGAGCGAAAGAAACUGGCAGAGAAGGUGAAGAAGCAGAUCCGGCUGCUGGACGAGAAAGACGGCGAGAACGCGACGCUGAAGUCGCGACUCGACGAGAAACACAAACUCGAACACGAGGUUGAGACGCGACUGACGAAACACGAGGAGGCGAUGACGGCCCUGCAAUCCAAAGUCAUGGAGGCCGAGGCAAAGCUGGCAAUGCCGUGUGAGAUGUGCAGAUCAUACGAGCAGCAGAUUGAGACGCUGAACGCGACCAUCGCCUCCCUCAGGAGCACACAGGGCAAGCUUGAGCGGCAGCUGCAGGACAGCCGCGAUCACAGCGCAACUCUUCAGCAGUCCUUGGAGGAGCAGCUUGUGUACCUCGAUGAAGCAUCAAAACAAAACGGGAAACUUGCUGGUGACCUGACGCAAGCACAGGAGGCGUUGGCAGCCACAAGGGCGGAACUGGAGGGUGAAUGCGCCACGCUGCGCGCAACAAUCGACGAACAGAAGGAAACGAUUUCAGAACUUGAGAAGAAGCUCUCCUCCGUGCGAAUCGAAUUGCAGGCCACAUCCCAUCACAAGACACAGCUCACACAGGAGAAAGAGGAGUUGAAGUCGCGGUUGGCGGAGAGCGCGCAAGAAACUCAAACAGCGAUGGACGACAAGACGGAGGCGGAAGUCAUGCUGGAAGAAACGAAGAAGAUGCUCGUGUCGCAGAAAAUGAAGGCGCAAAACGAAAUUGAAGCACUUCAGGCUCGAGUUGCCGACGCGACGUCACGUCUGGAUGCAGCGGAGAAGCGAAACGAAUCCGCACAGCAGCAGUGGCAGUCGAAGCUUGAUGACUUGAGGGAGGCGCUGAACGCAGAGAGCAGUGACAAGCGGAAGAUGAAAGAGGAGCUGCAGCGCGCGUCACACGAGCGAUCACAGGAGGUUGAGGAGCUGCGCAGCGAGCUCUCGCGCCUUCAAGACACAUUCGCGUCGUCGGAGCGGCGGGCACAGGAGUCCGCAACGAAACUCAGACAGAUGGUCGACAUGGAGGACCAGCUCAAGUCAACACUGCAAGACGUGAAUCGAGAGAAACAGGAGGUGCUGGCACGCGCAAUGAAAUUGGAGCAGGACGUGUCGCGCCUGAUGCAAUCAAACAAACAGCUGACGAAAGACGGCAAGAAUGCACAGUCAGCACUGGAACAGCUGACUGCCCGUUAUCAAGAGGUCCUGCAGCAACUUAACCGCUUCCAGGAGAGGUCAUGGGUUGACGACACGGAGGUGAAGAACUGCGAGGCGUGCCACAAGCUGUUCUCCAUUAAGACGCGACGACACCACUGCCGCCAGUGCGGGCACGUGUUCUGCAACAGCUGCUCCAGCAACACGGCCAAGCUCGCCAGUUCCAAGAAGCGUGAACGUGUAUGCAACGCCUGCUUUGAAGAAAUUCAAAAGCUGUGAGGUUGCAUACCCUUGUGCUUGUAUGCUAGGUAGACAAGCAUCACUAUCAGUAAACGCGCUUGAGUUUGAUUGAUUGAAUUGGAG